AUGGGCCAGGCCGCUGGCAGCGUGUCCGCCGCCACGGAGGCCGCGCUGGCGCGGCUCCGGGGCAACGAGGAGGAGGAGGACAGCGGAUGUUGCUCGGUCGACAAGAGCCGGCCCAAGCGCGAGCCGCUGAAAACCACCCGGGUGGUGACUCGCUUCGAGGGCAGCGACGGGGUGGAGUCGGCCUUCGAGCUGAAGCUCGACGUGCCGGAGAAGGCCACCGCGGCAUGGCUGCUUCAUGCGGUGCGCGACAAGCUGGCUGCGGAGCGGCCAGAGGCUCCCCACGUCAUUGGCCUCAAGGUGCUGAAGACCCAGCAGCAGGCGGCCCAGGCCUUGAACGCCUCCGCGGUGGCGGCGGCGGCCUGCGGGGCGCUUUGCGCCGGUGAGGCGCUUACGGCGCGCCAGGCUGCGAAGGCGCAGGAGAGCGGAUGCCUGCCGUACAUGGCGGCCAUGCUGCAGGGAGAUGAGCUAAUCCUGGACUACUCUUUGCUGCUGGAGGAUGCGCUGGCGGAUGGGGAAAGCUUUGAGGCGGUAUUCGAGGUGCAGAGCGAAGGCAUCGCGCGGAGCUUGCAGGCGUCCUCUCCAGCCGGCCGGGCCUUCACUGAAGUGUCUCGCGGCCACACCAUCGAGGACUUUGAGAUCGUGCGUGUGGUCGGCGUUGGCGGCUCUGGCCGAGUGCUGCAGGCCAGACACAAGCCCAGCGGCCACUACCGGGCGGUGAAGGUCAUGAGCAAGGAGCGUCUCUUCCAGCAGGAGCAGAGGCUGCAGCGGGUCAUCACGGAGAAGCGCAUCCUCGCGCGGCUCCAGCAUCCCUUCGUGGUGUCCUUGCACUGGGCGUUCCAGACUACCACCCACCUUUUCCUCGUCUUGGACUUUUGUGGCGGCGGAGAGCUCUUUUUCCACAUGCUGCAGAGAGGUCGCUUUGAGGAGGCCGACGGCAAGUUCUACUUCUGCGAGAUCCUGCUCGGCCUGGAGUACCUUCACUCACAGCAGGUGCUCUACCGCGACCUGAAGCCGGAGAACUGCUUACUGGACAACGAAGGGCACAUUCGCCUGACAGACUUCGGCUUGUCAAAGGACAAUCUGACGCACUCCGCCCUUUUUACCUCAUUCGUCGGGACUGCAGGGUAUUUGAGCCCUGAGAUGGUUGCAAGACAGGGGCAUGGCUUACCCUUGGACUACUACUGCCUGGGCUGUCUCUUGUACUGCCUGCUGACCGGAUCGCUGCCCCACUACGAGGGCGACUAUAAGGUCAUGAUCCAAAAGCGGGUCAAGGGCGAGCCUGUGCAGUUCCCGCCAUGGGUUUGUACGGACGCGCAGAACAUCCUCUCAGGCCUGCUCCAACCAGAUCCGAACGACCGGAUCGGUUCCGCGCGCGGCGCCAUCGAGGAGAACUUGCGGAUGAGAUGGCGGGCCUACUAUGUCAGCUAUAGGGCGCUGAAGGGCUGCAUCGAGGAGAUGGAGGCGGACCCCUCCUCCUCGAACGCGCACUUCAUCACGAUGCUGAAGCAGAACAUGUUGAAGGCUUUGACCUUCUACGAGAAGACCGAGGAGAAGCUGCUGUCUCAGAUCGAGCAGAUGAAGAGUGAAGAGAGGUCGGAGACCCGCAAAGACCUGGAGCACGAGGUCAGGAACCUGCGCGCCUAUGCCUACUACAACCGCGAGGCCAUCCGGAAGAUCGCGAAGAAGUACGACAAGCGCUGCGGCAAGUCCAAGACCAUGCAGGCGGACAUCAUGGAGACUCUGAACCACUCACUGCUCUCCCAAGGGGAUCACCGCUGCGCUGAGCUUCUGCGAAUUCUGGAGGAGAGCAAGAAGGUGAGCUGCCACUGCAGCCAGCCUUGGGUGAAACGCCCGGGGGGCCGCUCGGCCGAAGGCGGACGGAGCGGAAGCAUUCCCGACUGCUGCAGCCGAUCCUGGACCGGCACCAGCGGGAAGGGGACGAGAGCCCCAGCGACGUGGUGCGGAAGCCCUCCGCCGCCCCGAAGCUCAGCCCGGUGCUGCUGCUGA